ACAGCUAGAGCACAUGUUCUACCACCUACCUACAAACGCCAUAGUAUGAAACCGAUGAAUGCCUGAAAACUGGGCAUGAAAUCAGACUUAAUGCUGCAACCAAGAAAAGAUACAGACACAGACACUCGGGGCUGCGUAGGCCUAUGCGUUCUGAACUUCCCUGCAUCGGAUGGCAGAGAAAGUUUCAAAGUGUCAACAUGGCCGUUAGUUUCCGCACUGGGAAGUCCAACUUUAGACCCAGAAUGGUGACGCAGGCGGCUCCAGGCGAGUCUCUGAAGGAAUUACAGCAAAAGCUGAAGGAGGAGCGCGAAGCCAAGCGUGCCCAACUAGAUGUUCGCCAUGACUACAUCCUCAGCAUCGUGGCCUCAUGUGUGGGUUUGGAGAAGGCCGAGGUGGAGGAUGCCAUCCUGGAAGGCAGUCAGAUUGACAGAAUAGAACAGUUCUUUGUUGCUGAUGGCCGUCCACAUAUCAUGUUCUACUACCAGGAUGUGGAUCUACCUGAAACAGGAGCAGCCUCCUCCCUGAGUCGCAGUAAGAAGAAGAAGGUGUUUGUGACGGAGGGGCGGGACGCGGCUCUCACGGGAGUGUGUGUGUUCUUACGAGCCAAUGCCUCCAAGGCCAUCACCACAGAGAACAUUCACCGGGAUGUGAACUUUAACAUGCUGGACACGACGGAGGUGGGUCUGCUGAAGAGUGUGGAGCAGUUGCUGUCUGACAUCUUCAUCCCCACACUGAGGAAGAUGAACCAUGGCUGGGGUGAGCUGGCUCCUCCGCAGGCCCAGGCGGUCAAGAACGACUUCAUCAGCUCCCUGGACAGCUUUGUGUCCGUGCUGGCUGGGGCUCAGGAAAGCCUGCAGGAGAAGGUGAACCUGAAGGAGUGUGACGCGUUUGACCUGAGGACCCUGAAGGGCCCCUCGGACUAUGUGGCCGUGGCCAACAACACUGAGGCGUUGGAGAAGAUCGAGGCCUGUAUGAAGGUCUGGAUCAAACAGAUAGAGCAGGUCCUGGCCGAGAGUGACCAGUUGAGGAAGGAGGCUGAUGACCUGGGUCCGCGGGCUGAGCUGGACCACUGGAAGAAGCGCAUGUCCCGCUUCAACUACCUGCUGGACCAGCUCAAGAGCCCCGACGUCAAGGCCGUGCUGGGCGUGCUCAUGAUGGCCAAGUCCAAACUAAUCAAGGCCUGGCGUGAACUAGACAUCAGGAUCACAGACUCAGCCAAUGAGGCCAAAGACAACGUCAAGUAUCUCUACACCCUCGAGAAGUUCUGUGACCCUCUGUACAACAGCGACCCGGUGUCCAUGGUGGAGGCCAUCCCUGGUCUUAUCAACGCCAUUCGCAUGAUCCACAGCAUCUCACGCUAUUACAACACUUCAGAGAAGAUCACCUCGCUGUUUGUAAAGGUCACUAACCAGAUGAUAACUGCGUGUAAGACCUACAUUACCAACAAUGGCUCAGUGUCCAUAUGGGACCAGCCACAAGAGCUGGUGACACAGAGAAUAAAAGCAGCCAUUCAUUUAAACCAGGAGUACCAGCGCUACUUCCACAAAACCAAGCAGGCCCUGGAGAAGAGUCCCUCGGAGCGCCAGUUUGACUUCAGUGAGAUGUACAUCUUCGGCAAGUUCGACACGUUCCAGCGGCGUCUGAAUAAGAUUCUGAACAUGUUCGACAUCAUCAACACAUACUCCGCCCUACAGGACUCCAAGAUAGAGGGCCUGGAAACCAUGGCAACAAAAUUUCAGGCUAUCGUUUUAGCAAUGAAGAAGAAACCAUACAGCUUUCUGGACCAGAGGAGGACCGACUUUGAUCAGGACUAUGAUGAGUUUUGUAAACACACUAACGAGCUACAUAAUCAGCUCAGGGCCUUUAUGGACACCACCCUAGACAAGAUUCAGAACACUGAGCGAGCACUGAGUGUUCUAAAGAAGUUUGAAAGACUGGGUAUCCCAGACUUGGGCAUCAGUGAGAAGUAUCAGAGGCUCCUGCAGAAUUUCGGCCGGGACAUUGAGAUGGUGUCGCGCAUCUACAUGCGGCAGAAACUGGACCCUCCGAUGGGGCGCGACCUGCCGCCCGUGGCUGGGUGCAUCCAGUGGGUGCGUCAGCUGUUCCGCCGUAUCCAGAGCCCCAUGGAGACGUUCCAGAAGCAGCCGGGGGUCCUUGAUGGCCCCGAGGCCAAGCGCAUCAUCCGCAACUACAACCGCAUGGCUAGAGUGCUGCUGGAGUACGAGCUACUCUACCACAGGGGCUGGAUGGACCAGAUCGAGGUGACUAAAGUGGGGCUGCAGGCGUCUCUGCUGGUGAAGUGCCCAGACACAGGCGAGCUCUACGUGAACUUUGACCCCCAGAUCCUGACGCAGAUCCGGGAGAAGGACUGCAUGACACGCAUGGGCCUGGAGAUCCCGCCCUUCGCCGCCGUCCUGCAGCAGAAACAACACGUGCUCAAGAGGCACUACAACCAGCUGCAGCUGGUUCUAACUGAGAACAGGAGAGUGAGGGGGAAGAUCCAGAGUGCGUUUGAGCAGCUGCUGUCUCCUCAUGUGGCCAGAGUGGAUGAGGCCAUCCUCCCCGGCCUGACCACUCUCAACUGGACCUCACUGAACAUCGACAAAUACAUCAACCACAUCACCGCUGCUCUGGAGGAGCUUGAGCUGCUGCUGGACCGUGUGAAUGACCUGGUGGAGUUCAGGAUUGACGCCGUGCUGCAGGACAUGAGCUGCACCCCACUGUGUGUCCUGCCUGACGAGGAGCCUUUCACCUGCGAUGAGUUCGUCCAGAAGACAAGGGAGCUGUGUAUGAGUGGAGCUCAGACGCUCCACACCAAGAGCGCCCUGGUGGAAGAGGCGGCCAACGAGCUCAUCAACAUGCUGCUGGAGAGCGAGCAGCAGCAGGAGCCCCCGCAGAAGCUUCCGGAGCCCGAGAGCAGAGCCGAGAGCAAGACCGAGCCGUCCGACAGCAAGGCCGACCCCGCCGACAGCGAAGGAGAGGACGACGGACGUUCAGAAGGCCGGCUGGUGUCGCGGAACACCACGGUGGCGCCGAGCAUGGGUCCGUCCUCGCCCCUGCAGCAGCGGCGGCGGCGUAAGCGCGCGUUGGCCGAGGUGCUGGAGGAGGAGGCCCAGGAACUGCUGUCUCACCUCAACCACCGCAACCUGGACGCCCUUCUGCGGCUGACGCGCAACACGCUGGAGACGCUCCGCAAGCGCAUCCAUGCCUCCUCGCUCAUGCACUUCCUGGCAGCAGCAGCAGACAGUGAGUCAUCUGGUAGGCAGCGCAGCAGUGCUCAGCAGCCCAUCUUCCGCGCGAGUGUGACUCUGAGCAUCCCCAACAUCAGCAUGGUGCCCGCACUGGACGACGUCCAGCAGGCCCUCAACCGCGCAGUGGACAGCGUCGUCAGCGUCAGCAAGGGAGUCGGACAGUGGAGCAAGGAGAGGAUAUCCAAGAAGAAAAUGAGUGAGCGACGCAUGGCAGCUCUGAGGCAGGAGAGCCACGAGAGCGAAUCAGACGAUGCGGACACGACCCACCACAGCAUGGCCGAUGGCAGCACCUCGGAUAUCUCGGCCUCGGUUGCCCAGGCGAUGCCCAUCCAGGCGCGUAACUACCACAAGAGCAUCUCGGAGAACAAGGAGAUCGUCAAGCUGGUGUCUGUGCUCAGCACCUCAAUCAACUCCACCAAGAAGGAGGUGUUGAAUGCGCUGGAGCGUUUUGGCCGCUACCACCACAUCUGGAGGAGAGACCGGGGGGAGACCAUUCGCAAGUUCAGCCAGGGAACACCGCUGCUGUCUGAGUUUGAGUCGCAGAUCCUCUACUACCGGGAUCUGGAGCAGGAGAUCAAUGCUGAGCCCGAGUUCAUCACUGUCGGGGCUCUCGCUCUCUACACAGCUGACCUGAAGAUGGCACUCACGGCCGAGACCAAGAGCUGGAUGGUGGACUACGGACACCACUGCAACCGCAAGUACCGGACGGAGAUGGAGCAGAUCUUCACUUUCGUGGAGGAGGCUGGGAAGAAGCUCAACCGGCAGAUCAAGGACCUGGACGACAUUCGCAUUGCCAUGGCGUCACUGAAGGAGAUGAGGGAACAUCAGAUCUCCAUUGAUUUUCAAGUCGGGCCCAUCGAGGAGUCAUAUGCCAUGCUGCACAAGUACGACCUGCUGGUGGCCAAGGAGGAGGUGGAGAAAGUGGACACGCUGCGCUACAGCUGGGAGAAGCUGAUGGCCCGCGGCACCGAGGUCCAGAACCAGCUGGGGGCGCUGCAGCCCAACUUCAGGGGCGAGCUCAUCAGCAAUGUGCGCACCUUCGUCCAGGACUGCGCCCACUUCUACCAGGACUAUGACAAGGAUGGGCCUAUGGUAGUUGGACUAGCUCCUCAAGAUGCAAGUGAUCGGCUCAUCAUGUUCCAGAACCGCUUUGAUAACCUCUACCGGAAGUACAUCACCUAUACGGGAGGAGAGGAGCUCUUUGGGCUUCCUGUUACCCAGCAUCCUCAGCUGCUGGAGAUCAGGAAGCAGCUGACCCUCCUCCAGAAGCUCUAUGGACUCUACAACAAUGUCAUCGACACAGUGAACAGCUACUACGACAUCCUGUGGGCAGACAUCCACAUCGAGAGGAUCAACAACGAGCUGCUGGACUUUCAGUCUCGCUGCCGUAAGCUUCCCCGGGCCCUGAAGGAGUGGCAAGCCUUCCUGGACCUGAAGAAGACCAUUGACGAAUUCAGCGAGUGCUGCCCUUUACUGGAGCUGAUGACCAACAAGGCCAUGAUGCCUCGCCACUGGCGCCGCAUCACCGAGCUGACAGGCCACGGCUUCGAGGUGGAGGCCGACACCUUCAAGCUCCGCAACAUCAUGGAGGCGCCACUCCUCAAGUAUAAGGAGGAGAUUGAGGACAUUUGCAUCAGUGCAGUGAAGGAGCGCGAUAUUGAACAGAAGCUGAAGCAGGUGAUUGCCGAGUGGGACAACAAGACGUUCACCUUCGCCAACUUUAAGACCCGCGGGGAGCUGCUGCUGCGGGGAGACAGCACCUCGGAGAUCAUCACCAACAUGGAGGACAGCCUCAUGGUGCUUGGGUCGCUCAUGAGCAACAGGUACAACACCCCCUUCAAAGGCCAGAUUCAGAAGUGGGUGCAGAACCUCUCCAACACCACCGACAUCAUAGAGAACUGGAUGACUGUGCAGAACCUCUGGAUAUAUUUGGAGGCUGUGUUUGUGGGCGGCGACAUUGCUAAGCAGCUGCCAAAAGAGGCCAAGCGUUUCUCCAACAUCGAUAAGUCCUGGGUGAAGAUCAUGACGCGAGCCCAUGAGAUGCCCAACGUGGUGCAGUCCUGUGUGGGGGACGAGACCAUGGGGCAGCUGCUGCCUCACCUGCUGGAACAGCUGGAGAUCUGCCAGAAGUCCCUCACCGGCUAUCUGGAGAAGAAGCGUCUGCUGUUCCCGCGCUUCUUCUUUGUAUCGGACCCCGCCCUGCUGGAGAUCCUGGGCCAGGCGUCGGACUCCCACACCAUCCAGGCCCACCUGCUCAACAUCUUCGACAACAUCAAGUCUGUGCGCUUCCAUGACAAGAUGUAUGACCGGAUCCUGGCCAUCUCAUCCAGAGAGGGGGAGACGGUGGAGCUGGACCGGCCUGUGACGGCCGAGGGAAACGUGGAGGUGUGGCUCAACGCUCUGCUGAAGGAGUCGCAGCGCUCGCUACACCUGGUCAUCCACCAGGCGGCGCUAGCCAUCCAGGAGAGCGGAUUCCAGCUCAUCGACUUCCUGGACUCAUACCCAGCACAGGUUGGUCUGCUGGGGAUCCAGAUGAUUUGGACCAGGGAUGCAGAGGAGGCCCUGACCAAUGCCCGCUACGACCGCAAGAUCAUGCCGAAGACCAAUCAAUCCUUCCUGGAGCUGCUCAACACCCUGAUCGACAUGACCACCAGAGACCUGGGGCCGGUUGAGCGCACCAAGUACGAGACCCUCAUUACCAUCCACGUGCACCAGAGGGACAUCUUUGAUGACCUGUGUCGGCUGCACAUCAAGAGUGCGACGGACUUUGAAUGGCUGAAACAGUGCCGCUUCUACUUCAGCGAGGACGGCGAUAAGAUGCUCAUCAACAUCACCGACGUCAGCUUUGUCUACCAGAACGAGUUCCUCGGCUGCACUGACAGGCUGGUCAUCACACCGCUAACGGACAGGUGCUACAUCACCCUGGCCCAGGCGCUGGGUAUGAGUAUGGGAGGAGCCCCUGCUGGCCCGGCGGGUACAGGGAAGACGGAGACCACCAAGGACAUGGGCCGCUGCCUGGGCAAGUACGUAGUGGUCUUCAACUGCUCCGACCAGAUGGACUUCAGAGGCCUGGGCAGAAUCUUCAAAGGUUUGGCCCAGUCGGGUUCCUGGGGCUGUUUUGACGAGUUCAACCGCAUCGACCUGCCAGUGCUUUCUGUGGCCGCGCAGCAGAUCGCCAUCGUGCUCACCUGCAAGAAGGAGCGCCGCAGAAACUUCCUGUUCACCGACGGCGACAACGUGGAGAUGAACCCAGAGUUUGGCAUCUUCCUCACCAUGAACCCAGGUUACGCGGGACGCCAGGAACUCCCCGAGAACCUGAAGAUCAACUUCCGCUCGGUGGCCAUGAUGGUUCCGGACCGGCAGAUCAUUAUUCGAGUGAAACUGGCCAGCUGUGGGUUCAUCGACAACAUUGAGCUGGCCCGCAAGUUCUUCACCCUCUACAAGCUGUGUGAGGAGCAGCUCUCCAAACAGGUCCAUUAUGACUUUGGCCUGAGGAACAUCCUGUCUGUCCUGCGGACCCUUGGGGCAGCCAAGCGAGCCAAUCCUAACGACACGGAGUCCACCAUUGUGAUGCGAGUCCUGAGGGACAUGAACCUGUCCAAGCUGAUUGAUGAGGACGAGCCUCUGUUCUUGAGCCUGAUAGAGGACCUGUUCCCUGGGAUUCAGCUGGAUAAAGCAGGCUACCCAGACUUGGAGGCAGCCAUUGAUAAACAGGUGGCUGAGGCUGGUCUUAUCAGUCAUCCUCCGUGGAAGUUGAAGGUGAUCCAGCUGUUUGAGACCCAGUUGGUCCGACACGGGAUGAUGGCAUUAGGACCCAGUGGAGCCGGAAAGACCACCUGCAUCCACACCCUAAUGAGGGCCAUGAGUGACUGUGGCCAGCCCCACAGAGAGAUGCGGAUGAACCCCAAAGCGAUCACUGCUCCUCAGAUGUUUGGCCGAUUGGACGUGGCCACCAAUGACUGGACAGACGGCAUCUUCUCCACACUGUGGAGGAAAACACUGAGAGCUAAAAAAGGUGAAAACAUCUGGAUCGUCCUGGAUGGUCCCGUGGACGCCAUCUGGAUCGAGAACCUGAACUCGGUUCUGGACGACAACAGGACACUGACACUUGCCAACGGUGACAGGAUCCCCAUGGCAACCAACUGCAAGAUUGUGUUUGAGCCCCACAACAUCGACAAUGCGUCCCCUGCCACUGUCUCCCGAAACGGCAUGGUGUUCAUGAGCUCUUCAGUGCUCAGCUGGGACCCUAUACUGGAGGGCUGGUUGAAGCGGCGCUCGUCCCAGGAGGCGGAGGUUCUGCGGGAGCUGUUCUCCAGCUCGUUUGAGAAGCUCUACCGCUACUCCAUGCAGGCUCUGCACUUCAAGAUGGACAUGCUGGAGGCCUUCAUCAUCAUGCAGAGCAUCAACAUGCUGCAGGGACUCAUACCCCCCAAGGAGCAGGGCAGUGAGGUGUCUCAGAAGCACCUGGAGCGCCUGUACGUGUUCUCGUUCAUGUGGAGCGUCGGGGCGCUGCUGGAGCUCGAGGAUAGAAGGAAGAUGGAGCACUGGCUCCGUUACCAUGACAGCAUCCACCUGGACCUGCCGGACAUCCCAUCCCACAGCGAGGACACCAUGUUUGACUUCCACGUGGCUGCAGAUGGGUUGACCUGCUGCUGCUCUGUCUCUUCCUGUCCCCAGGCUGUGCUUCUGAUUGGUGAGCAGGGCACCGCCAAGACAGUCAUCAUCAAAUCGUACAUGUCAAAGUACGACCCCGAGACACACACGGCUAAGAGCGUUAACUUCUCCUCUGCCACCACCCCACUAAUGUUUCAGAGGACUGUGGAGAGCUAUGUGGACAAGCGCAUGGGCACCACUUACGGGCCCCCUGCAGGGAAGAAGAUGUCCAUCUUUGUGGACGACAUCAACAUGCCUGUCAUCAACGAGUGGGGGGAUCAGGUUACCAAUGAGAUUGUGCGUCAGCUAAUGGAACAGAAUGGCUUCUAUAACCUAGAGAAGCCGGGCGAGUUCACCAACAUUGUGGACAUUCAGUUCCUGGCGGCCAUGAUCCACCCAGGAGGCGGCCGUAAUGACAUCCCGCAGCGCCUGAAGAGGCAGUUCUCCAUCUUCAACUGCACCCUGCCCUCCAACACCUCCAUCGACAAGAUCUUCGGUGUGAUUGGCUUUGGUCACUACUGCGCUGCCCGUGGCUUUGGUGGCGUGGUGCGUGAGAUGGUGGCGCACCUGGUGCCCCUGACGCGGCACCUCUGGCAGCAGACCAAGCUGAAGAUGCUGCCCACGCCGGCCAACUUCCACUACAUCUUCAACCUCAGGGACCUGUCUCGCAUCUGGCAGGGCAUGCUCAACUCCACCGACGAGGUCAUCAACACACCUGAGAUCCUCUUGCGGCUUUGGAAGCACGAGUGUAAGCGAGUGAUUGCUGACCGCUUCACGUCGCAGGACGACGUGUCCUGGUUCGACGACACGUUGGCACGGCUGGUGGAGGAGGAGCUGGGGGAGGCCGAGCGGGCGUAUGUGGAUUGCGGAGUGGACGCCUACUUUGUGGACUUCCUGCGAGACGCUCCUGAAGCCACAGGAGAGGAGCCGGAGGACGCGGACUUUGACAUGCCGAAGGUGUACGAGCCCAUUGCGUCCUAUGAGAGCCUGAUGGAACGGCUGAACAUGUUCCUGCUGCAGUACAACGAGACCGUCCGCGGGGCAGGCAUGGACAUGGUGUUCUUCAGAGACGCCAUGAUCCACCUUGUCAAGGUGUCACGGAUCAUCCGUACCCCACGAGGCAAUGCUCUUCUGGUUGGUGUAGGGGGGUCAGGGAAACAGAGUCUUACCCGACUGGCCUCCUUUAUCGCUGGAUACAAAACCUUUCAGAUUACCCUCACACGAUCCUACAACACGGCAAACCUGAUGGACGAUCUGAAGGGGCUGUACCGCACGGCCGGCCAGCAGGGUCGUGGCAUCAGCUUCAUCUUCACCGACAAUGAGAUCAAAGACGAGUCCUUCCUGGAGUACAUGAAUAAUGUCCUGUCAUCCGGAGAGGUGUCGAACCUGUUUGCUCGGGAUGAGAUCGACGAAAUCCUCAGCGACCUCAUUCCUGUCAUGAAGCGGGAGUUUCCCCGGCGGCCACCCACCAACGAGAACCUGCACGAGUACUUCAUGGGCCGGGUGCGGCAGAACCUGCACGUGGUGCUGUGCUUCUCGCCGGUGGGGGAGAGGUUCCGCGGGCGGGCACUCAAGUUCCCCGCACUCAUCUCCGGUUGCACCAUGGACUGGUUCAGCCGCUGGCCUAAAGACGCCCUUGUGGCAGUGUCGGAGCACUUCCUGUCCAGCUACGAGGUGGACUGCUCGGGCCAGGUGAAGGCAGAGGUGGUGCAGUGUAUGGGCUCCUUCCAGGACGGUGUGGCCGGACGCUGCGUGGAGUACUUCCAGCGCUACCGCCGCUCCACCCACGUCACCCCUAAGUCCUACCUGUCCUUCAUCCAGGGCUACAAGGGCAUCUACCAGGAGAAGCGCUCCGAGGUGCACACGCUCGCCAACAGGAUGAACACAGGCCUGCAGAAGCUGAAGGAGGCGUCUGAGUCGGUGGCUGCCCUCAGCAAGGAGCUGGAGGUCAAGGAGAAGGAGCUGCAAAUAGCCAAUGAGAAGGCAGACAUGGUGCUGAAGGAGGUGACGGUGAAGGCUCAGGCGGCGGAGCGGGUGAAAGUGGAGGUCCAGAAGGUGAAGGACAAGGCACAGGCCAUCGUGGACAGCAUCUCUGCCGACAAGGCCAUCGCCGAGGAGAAGCUGGAGGCAGCCAAACCCGCCCUGGAAGAGGCUGAAAAUGCACUGCAGACCAUCAAGCCAUCGGACAUCGCCACGGUGCGGACGCUAGGCCGGCCGCCCCACCUCAUCAUGCGCAUCAUGGACUGCGUCCUGCUGCUGUUCCAGCGGCACCUGAGCCCGGUGCGCAUGGACCCAGAGAAGAGCUGCGCUGCCCCCUCCUGGCAAGAGGCGCUCAAGCUCAUGACCGCAGGAAACUUCCUGGGCAGCCUACAGCAAUUCCCCAAAGACACCAUCAAUGAGGAGGUGGUGGAGCUGCUGGGUCCCUACUUCGACAUGGCCGACUACAACAUCGAGACGGCCAAAAGGGUGUGUGGCAACGUGGCCGGACUCUGCUCCUGGACCAAGGCCAUGGCUUCCUUCUAUUCCAUCAACAAGGAGGUGUUGCCUCUCAAGGCCAACCUGGCAGUGCAGGAGAACCGGCUGGCCCUCGCCAACGUGGACCUGCAGAAGGCGCGGGCCGAGCUGGACGCCAAGCAGGCCGAACUGGACGUGGUGCAGGCGGAGUACGAGAAGGCCAUGAUGGAGAAGCAGGCUUUGCUGGAGGACGCGGAGCGCUGCAGGCAUAAGAUGCAGACGGCCUCGUCUCUGAUCAGUGGCCUGGCUGGGGAGAAGGAACGCUGGACGGAGCAGAGCAAGGAGUUUGCCGUCCAGACCAAACGCCUCGUUGGCGACGUACUCCUGGCGACGGCCUUCCUGUCCUACUCUGGCCCCUUCAACCAGGAGUUCCGGAAUCUUCUCCUGACGGACUGGCAGCAGGAGAUGAGGAGUCGCCGCAUCCCCUUCGGCGCAAACCUCAACCUGACGGAGAUGCUGAUCGACGCGCCCACCGUCAGUGAGUGGAACCUUCAGGGCCUGCCCAACGAUGACCUGUCCAUCCAGAAUGGCAUCAUCGUCACCAAAGCCGCUCGCUUCCCCCUCCUCGUCGACCCACAGACCCAAGGCAAGAUCUGGAUCAAGAACAAGGAGGCCAGGAAUGAGCUUCAGAUCACUUCCCUGAACCACAAAUAUUUCCGCAACCACCUGGAGGACAGCCUGUCUCUGGGGCGGCCCCUGCUGAUCGAGGAUGUAGGCGAGGAGCUGGAUCCUGCCCUGGACAGCGUCCUGGAGAAGAACUUCAUCAAGACUGGCACCACCUACAAGGUGAAGGUCGGGGAUAAGGAGGUGGACGUGAUGAAAGGAUUCCGGCUGUACAUGACCACUAAGCUGCCCAACCCGGCGUAUACGCCCGAGGUCAGCGCCCGCACCUCCAUCAUCGACUUCACGGUCACCAUGAGAGGCCUGGAGGACCAACUGCUUGGACGUGUCAUUCUCACCGAGAAACAGGAGUUGGAGAAGGAGCGCACUACCCUGCUGGAGGACGUGGCGUGCAACAAGCGCAAGAUGAAGGAGCUGGAGGACAACCUGCUGCUGCGUCUGAGCAGCACCCAGGGCUCGCUGGUGGACGACGAGAGCCUCAUCUUGGUGCUGGGCAACACCAAGCGCACCGCCGAGGAGGUCACUCAGAAGUUGCAGAUCGCCGCCGAGACCGAGGUCCAGAUCAACGCCGCACGAGAGGAGUACCGCCCCGUGGCCACGCGAGGAAGCAUCCUCUACUUCCUCAUCACAGAGAUGAGUAUGGUCAACGUCAUGUACCAGACGUCGCUGCGCCAGUUCCUGGGCCUCUUCGACCUCUCCCUCGCCAGGUCAGCCAAGAGCCCCAUCACCAGCAAACGCAUCACCAACAUCAUCGAUCACAUGACCUUUGAGGUGCACAACUAUGCGGCGCGUGGUUUCUACGAGGAGCACAAGUUCCUCUUCACACUUCUGCUGGCCCUGAAGAUCGACAUGCAGAGCUCACGCAUCAAGCACGAGGAGUUCCUCACACUCAUUAAAGGUGGUGCCUCAUUGGAUCUGAAAGGUUGUCCGCCUAAACCAGCGAAGUGGAUCCUGGAUAUGACAUGGCUCAACCUAGUAGAGCUCAGCAAACUCUGGCAGUUCUCUGACAUCUUGGAUCAGAUCAGCCGUAAUGAGAAGCAGUGGAAGAGUUGGUUUGAUAAGGAGGCUCCAGAGGAAGAGUUGGUCCCUAACGCGUAUGACCAGACCCUCGACUGCUUCCGCCGGCUCCUCCUCAUCCGCUCCUGGUGCCCCGACAGAACCAUCGCCCAGGCGCGUAAAUAUGUGCGUGACUCUCUGGGCGAGCGUUAUGUGGAGGGUGUGAUCCUGGACCUGGAGCUGACCUGGGAGGAGUCGGACCCGCGCACGCCACUGGUCUGCUUCCUGUCCAUGGGCUCCGACCCCACCGACUCCAUCAUCGCGCUGGGCAAGCGCCACAAGAUACACACCCGCUACGUCAGCAUGGGCCAGGGGCAGGAGGGACAUGCCCGCAGACUACUGCAGCAGACCAUGGCCAACGGGGGCUGGGCGCUGCUUCAGAACUGCCACCUGGGCCUGGACUUCCUGGACGAGCUGAUGGACACUCUGACGGAGACGGAGGCGGUGCAUGAAAGCUUCCGCCUGUGGAUGACCACCGAGGGGCACAACCUCUUCCCCAUCACGCUGCUGCAGAUGGCCAUCAAGUUCACCAACCAGCCACCGCAGGGCCUUAAAGCCGGCCUCAAACGCACCUACGGAGGCAUUAGCCAGGACCUCCUGGACGUGAGCAACAUGGCACAGUGGAGGCCCCUGCUGUACGGCGUGGCCUUCCUGCACUCCACUGUUCAGGAGCGGCGCAAGUAUGGGCCACUGGGCUGGAACAUCCCCUACGAAUUCAACCAGGCCGACCUCAACGCCACCAUCCAGUUCGUCCAGAACCACCUGGACGACAUGGACCUCAAGAAGGGCGUGUCCUGGAACACAGUGCGCUACAUGAUUGGUGAGAUCCAGUACGGGGGCCGCGUGACGGACGACUAUGACAAGCGCCUCCUGAACACCUUCGCCAAGGUGUGGUUCAGCGAGCACAUGUUCAGCCCCGACUUCCACUUCUACAAGGGCUACAGCAUCCCCAGGUGCACCAACGUGGAGCACUACCUGCACUAUAUCCAGGGCUUGCCCACCUAUGACACGCCGGAGGUGUUCGGCCUGCACCCGAACGCAGACAUCACCUACCAGAGCAAGCUGGCCAAGGACGUGCUGGACACCAUCCUGAGCAUCCAGCCCAAGGACCGGUCCAGUGGGAGCGGCGAGACACGGGAGGCGGUGGUGGCGCGACUGGCCGAGGACAUGCUGGAGAAACUACCGCCGGACUACGUCCCCUUUGAGGUGCGUGAGCGGCUGCUUAAGUUGGGCCCGCUGCAGCCCAUGAACAUCUUCCUGCGUCAGGAGGUGGAGCGCAUGCAGCGCGUCCUGGGCCUGGUGCGCCACACGCUCACUGACCUCAAGCUGGCCAUCGACGGCACCAUCAUCAUGAGUCAGAGCCUCAGGGACGCGCUGGACUGCAUGUACGACGCCCGCAUCCCCUCACGCUGGGAGAAAGCCUCCUGGGCCUCGAGCACCUUGGGGUUCUGGUUCACCGAGCUGCUCGAGCGGAACCGUCAGUUCCAGUCCUGGAUCUUUGAGGGCCGGCCCAACUGCUUCUGGAUGACCGGCUUCUUCAACCCACAGGGCUUCCUCACAGCCAUGAGACAGGAGAUCACCCGAGCCAAUAAGGGCUGGGCUCUGGACCGCAUGGUGCUGUGCAACGAGGUCACCAGAUGGAUGAAGGAUGACAUCACGCAGCCGCCCGCCGAGGGCGUGUACGUGUACGGCCUCUACCUGGAGGGAGCUGGCUGGGACCGACGCAACUGCCGCCUCCUCGACUCCAAGCCCAAGGUCCUCUUUGAGGUCAUGCCAGUGCUCAGGAUGUACGCCGAGAACAACGGUGUGAAGGAUCCUCGCCUGUACUCCUGUCCCAUCUAUAAGAAGCCAGUGCGGACGGACAUGAACUACAUCGCAGCCGUGGACUUGAGGACCACUCUUUCUCCAGACUACUGGAUACUGCGCGGAGUGGCCCUGCUGUGUGACGUCAAGUGAUUUCAUCACAGAGAGACAGUGUUCGGUGAUGUCAUCAGAAAUGGACUUGGAAUAUGUCAUCGGGUUUGACAUCAUAAGAGCAGGACAGUGUAGAGUUGUUGUGGUACUACAUCUUACAGGAAGUGUUCACUUACUGCUGAACAUCAACCUUAAACAGAAGGAGAGUUGUUAGUAGUAGUAAAAUUGCAAUAUUCAACUUGGUUGAGUUGGAUCUGUGUAUGCAGUGCACAUCCAGACCGGUCUGGGAAUCUCUCCUUAAAAACAUAUUUAUUGUUCAGUAAGGCAGUAAUUUACAGAAAAUGUACAUCUCUUUUGAACACUAUAUUAUCUCACAAUAAGCCCUCUCUUCAUAAAUGACUUUAUGUUCCCAAAGGGCUUUUCCAGUUUGGGAUAGUUUUCUUCCUAAAGACUCCAAAUGAUCCCAUAGAGGCAUGGGCAGAUUAUGAACCUUCGGGCCCCUGGGCCCAGAUGUAUUAAGGGCCCCCCCACUAAUUGUCGCAUAUGUGGGAGGGGGGGUUUGGGGGUCCUCA